GCCUUCACGUUUUCAGCGCGCGUUUGACACUCGACCCCUCCGCGAAACGAGGGAAGCAGGUGGGUUGGGAGGAAGGGGAGCGGCUGUUCGCUAAACCAAACCUGGUACCGCCGCUAACUAACGUGAUCAGGAGACCGCUGUUGCUGAGCGCUCCUCUGGAAGGAGCAAGGUGGCGGAUUUGUGGCGGCAAGCGAGCUCCAUCGUUGAAAUAAAACAGCGAGGGCGGUGGUUAUGAGGGUGGAGGAGUGAGGUAGUGGCAGCGGAUCGUCGGCAGAUAAGCGCGAGGCCGGGUAAAGAUGUUGGAGACGGAUGCCGACCCGGCGGGUGGCGAGGUCGAGGAGGACGUGGAAGCAGACAUGGGCGGCAGAGACUUGAAGGCCGAGGUGAUGCGGCUCACGCUGGAGCUCCAAGAGGCGACGGAGGAAAAGCUGCAGGCCGCUCGGUACGGGCUGGUGGUGUUGGAAGAGAGCGCCGCCCUCAAGAUGAAACACACGCAGCUGGAAGAGGAAUACGAAUCCCUAAAGCUGGAGCUGCAGCAGCUCAGAGAGGCUUUUGCAGAUUCUGUGAGCAGCCAGAAGCGUGCAGCUGCUGAUGGAGAGUGUCGGGAAGAGAGCCUGCUGCAGGAGACGGCCUCCAAAGAGGCUGCCAUGGCAACCCGGAUGGAGGAAGUUCAGGCUGAGCUCAAACAGACGCGUCUUGCUCUGGGCAACGCCCAUGCCGAGCUCGACAGGCUGGGGGGGCUCUCCAACCAGCUGAAGAAGGAAUGCGAAUGUCUGGAAGCGGAGAAGAACCACUUGAGGGAUGAAAUGAAGGAAUAUAAAGUACGCGAGCUGCGUCAGCUGCAGGACAACGGCGAGCUGGAGGAGGAAAAUAUCUCCUUACAGAAACAAGUGUCUGUGCUAAAGGAAAACCAGGUGGAGUUUGAAUCAAUAAAGCUUGAGCUAUCCCAGAAGAACGAAGAGCAAGAUGAGCUGCGAGCGCAGCUGGAAGAAGCCGCGAGGCUCAGGGAGAUCGCGGAGCGGCAGCUGGAUGAGGCCCUGGAAGCCCUGAAGGAGGAGCGGGAGCAGAAGAACAGUCUGCGGCGGGAGCUCUCCGCCCUGACCCUCAACCCGUUCGACUCCGUGGGGAACCUGGAGCUGCAUUUGGACCAGCUGGACGACAGCCAGGAGGAGGGCCGCAGCGGGGAGGGCGACACUCAGGAAGAGAACCAGGACAGCAGUCACACCAACGGGUCUGCGUCUGCGCCCAGCUCCAAAAGCAACGGCCUACGGUACUCCACGCCGCGCAACAGUGACGUUUUCCUGCGCGCUCCAGCCUCAGGCCUGGUGUCUGACCUGCUGAGUGAGCUGCACUUUUCAGACAGUCAGAAACUAAAACAGCAGCUGCUACAGGCAGAAAGGGAGAAAUCCAGCCUGGGUAGCAAAGUGGAGGAACUGCAGAUGCAGCUGAUGAUGUCCAAACAGGCUCUAAGUCAGCAGGAGGACAAGGUUGGCGCUCUCACUCAGCAGCUGGAAGCAGCGCAAAGUCGUCCGCAUCCAAACCCGGAGGCAGAGGAGAGGCAGAAGGUGGAAACUGGAGAGGAUGGCAGUGAAGGCUUCGACUACGAGGUGGACACUAAGAGCAAAGAGGUGCUGGAAGCACGAAUGCGCGCGGCCAGCGAAGAGCUCCUGAAGCUGAGAGACGAACUCUCUCAGGCGGGUGCGCGGUACAACACCCUCGAGCAGAGAUACAAGCAGGAGAAGGAGCGAUGGCGGGGCGAGGCCCAGGAGCUGGCCGACAAGAUCCGGCAGUGCAUCAAGUCCAGCAAGCAGGAUCAGGAGCGCAUCGGCGAGCUGGAGAAGGAGAUCGGAGCCACGCGGAAAGUGGCGACCGACUCUGAAGGGCAUCUGAGCGUCGCUCAGGAGGAGCUGUUGGCUUUCUCCGAGGAGCUGUCCAACCUCUACCACCACAUCUGUGUGUGCAACAACAUUACACCCAAACGGGUCACUCUGGACUACUACCGGGACAACGCUAGGGGUGGUGGCGGAGGAGGAGUGCGAAGGUCACACCACAUCUUCGCCCAACACAACGCUCAGAAGAAGCCUCGGGCAAACGACAUGUUCAUCUCCAAAGCUGCGGCGCUGCAGUUCAUGGGCGAGGUGGACAGCGCGGGAUCCAGCGCAGACUCGCUGACCUGUCCCGGAUCCCCCACUCUGGAUUUCAGGGACCCGUCCAAUGUGUCCAACCUGGUUGCUGUCAUCCGUUGCCAGAUCAAGCACCUCAGGGUGGCUGUGGAUCUCUGCCGUCAGAGGGGAGCGAUGCCGUACUCUGGGCUCAGCAGCAGCGAGGAGUCGGAGCGGGACACCGAAAGCCUUUUGGAGGAAGUCCUGAAACUCAAAUCCCUUCUCAGCACGAAGAGGGAGCAGAUUGCAACCCUGCGGACUGUCCUGAAGGCAAACAAGCAGACGGCGGAGUUGGCCUUGUCUAAUCUGAAAACCAAGUACGAGACGGAGAAGAGCAUGGUGUCAGAGACCAUGAUGAAACUGAGGAAUGAGCUCAAAGCCCUGAAGGAGGACGCUGCCACCUUCUCGUCUCUCAGAGUCAUGUUUGCCAGCCGGUGCGAUCAGUACGUCACCCAGCUGGACGAGAUGCAGAGGCAGCUUGCCGCUGCAGAGGACGAGAAGAAGACUCUUAACUCCCUCCUGCGCAUGGCCAUCCAGCAGAAACUGGCCCUCACUCAGCGCCUGGAGGACCUGGAGGCUCCUCAGGCCCCCCGCAGCCUGAACAGCAGCCCCCGGCGCUCCCGGGCCAAAGAGCUGGCCGCCAAGUCGGGCCGGGCCUCCCGCAGCCCCCGCAGCAGCCCCGGCAGGCCCCAGCUGAGGAGCAGUCCGCGGGCCAGCCCCGUCCUCGGCAGCAGCGUCCCCGCCUCGGCCACCCACCACUUGCGAGCUCUAACCCGAAGUCUCCACACAAGCCCUCGCUGAAACACUCCCACCAUCACUCUAAAACCCCUCUGCUCCAUAAGGACCAGUCUUCAUCUUGUGACUUCCCCUCCACUCGGCUAAUUCCUCCAUCCUCCCUGCUUGACCUGAGACAUCCUGUCCAUCCCAGAUAUGACGCAGCAUUAAUCCCUCUCCUCCAUGGAGUGAAAAAAAAUCUGAAAAGAUAAAAAAAGACAGAAAAUCUUCCAUCCCAGCCUCUUGGUGUGGAGAAACCUGCAUGCAUCCCGGAGGAGGAUGAAGAGCCUAACCUGCAGCUCAUUUUUCUCUCUCCUCUGAUUGUGUCUGUUUUGUCUUUUUCAACGCAGUAUAUUGUGGUGAACCAUCGACAGUAUUUAUUCCAUAAACAGAACCUUUCUUGUACAGUA